AUGCCUGUCUAUUGUAUCGUAAGCUGUACGGUACCAACUCCAAGGGAGAGAAGGGAGAGGGUUUCUGAACAGCGACAUAUCCAGCUGUGGAGGCUGAAAGGCCUAGACAUAAACUUCAACAGCUUGCGUGGGUUUGCUGCGCUGGCACCAUGGCAUUUGCAAUGCCCAUCGUCGACCCAAAACUUGGGCUUUGGUGUCCACCGAACAAUGGAGACGUCCAUCGAUGCCGUCAAUGUCGCUGUCGUUGACGCAAAACUAAUGAGCCGAUCGAUUUUUUCUUAUGGAGCGCAUCUUCGACUCCCGGUAACGGGACACUCUAGAUAUGGCAAUGACCUUGCGAAGUUCUCCUUUCGCAAAAAAUCACACAUAGUAAAUUACCUUCAAUUCCUCAAUCCCGCAAUCACAAAUCUCGCCAUGCCUUACCCAGAAACCACUGACGCGUUUGCGGUCAACGAUACCAAGAACUGGAGCACCUUUAAGCGCCAGGAGUUGCCCCUCAAGAAGUUCGAGGAGACCGAUGUCGAUAUUGCCAUUGACGCCUGUGGUGUCUGUGCUUCCGACGUCCAUACCAUCACCGGUGGAUGGGGAGAUGACAUCCCCCUUCCUCUCUGCGUUGGCCACGAGGUGAUUGGCAAAGUCGUCAGGGUCGGAUCCAAAGUCACACGCGUCAAGGUUGGAGACAGAGCGGGUAUUGGAGCUCAAAUCGGAGCCGAUCUGACCUGCGGUAACUGCAAAGCGGACCAGGAGAAUUACUGCGAGAACCAAAUCGACACGUACGGUGCUAAGCACACUGAUGGCACCGUUGCACAGGGUGGCUACUCCAGCCACAUUCGUGGCAACGAGUAUUUCGUCUUCAAGAUCCCAGACAAUCUCGACACUGCGCUCGCAGCACCCAUGUUGUGUGCGGGUUUGACCACAUAUUCUCCUCUCAAGAGGUUGGGAGCUGGUCCCGGCAAAAAGGUUGCCAUUGUUGGCCUUGGAGGUCUCGGCCACUUCGGUGUCCUCUGGUCGGUCGCCUUGGGCGCAGAAACCUAUGUCAUAUCACACAGUGCCUCCAAAAAGAAUGAUGCGAUGAAAAUGGGCGCAAAGGACUUCAUCGUCACCAACGAGAAGGGCUGGAACGAAAAGCACAAAUUCAAGUUUGACUUUAUCAUCAACACGGCCGAUGCUACUGACAAGUUUGAUCUGUCAGCGUACUUCUCUACGCUCAAGGUCGGAGGAACCUUCCACAUGGUAGGCUUUCCAGACAACCCGCUUCCUGCCAUGCAGGCCCAGAUCUUCGCUCCCAACGGUUGCUACAUGGGCGCAUCCCACAUUGGCAACAGGCCGGAAAUGGAGGAGAUGUUUGAGCUUGCAUCAAAGCAAAACAUCAAGUCAUGGGUCCAGGAGAUUCCUCUGAGCGAAGCUGGUAUCAAGGAGGCAGUUGAGCGUGUCUACAAGAAUGACAAUGUGCGAUACAGGAUCACGCUUACCAAGUUUGACGAUGUUUUUGGUAAGAGGGCUUAA